UGGAGCCUCAGCUAUUCAUAAACUCGCAUUCUCGCUGGUGCUUUUCCUUAGAAUCUCUCCCGUCCGAACAGACAACAAGAUUCGGGUCGUGCUGACCAUUCAAAUUUGUUUGUGUCCGGAAUCCCGUUCACCUUGAAGAAAAAUGGAAAUUUCAUUUGCAUUCCUCUGUGAUUGGUUUUAGCUUAAUUCAGAAAUGAAUGAGCAGCAACACAGAGCUCUACCAUGAAAACCAGAGCACAAACCUCCAUCGGACCAACAAUGAUUUCCUCUUCGCAGGCUGAAUUCUACAUGCUGAAUCCCAUGUUCAAGUCACUGCUCUUGAGCUGCUUCCUGCUGCUACUCCUUCCACUCUGCUCCUGCAGAGACCAUAUCACGCUCGAACAUCCGAUUCGCGACAUCCCAGGAGACACUCUGGUCUCGGAAGGCAAAACAUUCGAGCUUGGUUUCUUCACCCCUGGAGGCAGCUCUGAUCCUGGAAGACGAUAUAUUGGAAUAUGGUAUCACGGGUCCAAUCCACCCACGGUCGUCUGGGUUGCCAAUCGCACCAAUCCUGUGUCUAAUGGCACUGGGAUUUUUCACAUUGUCGAUGAUGGUAACCUCGUGGUAUCAACCAGAGACAACAAUAAAUCUCAGUGGACCACUGCCCUUGGAGUCCCUUCCAACUCCAGGAGCAUCGUAGUCAAGCUUAUGGAUUCCGGGAAUUUGAUCCUCAGCAAUGUGUCUGGAGACGGUAAGCCUACAACUCUGUGGCAGAGCUUUGAUUACCCUACUGAUACGUUUCUUCCUGGUAUGAAGAUGGAUGAAGGUCUUCAUUUGACUUCGUGGAAAAAAGAGGAUGACCCUGCACGAGGAUUUUAUGUUUUCCAGCUAGAUCCGGACGUGCGACACCACUACAUGAUCAAGAACCAGAGUUCCCCGUACUGGAAAAGUGCAACUUACAGGACAUACUCCAGUGACUGGUUUCUAGUAGUAACCGAUCUGCUAUCAAAUUCUACUGGCAGCAGCCCAGAGAGGAGUAAAUACUAUCCUAAAAAUUAUAGUAGAAUAAGAGACUGGCGAAAUACCAGGGUGACGCUAACUUUCGAUGGGAAGGUGCAGCUCCUCAAGCAGGAUCCUGGAAAAGACCAAUGGGAUCCGAAAUGGUCUGAGCCAGACCGCUGUGGGGUGCUCGAUGUCUGUGGGAAUUUUGCUAGCUGCAACAAGGAGAACAUAUCACCCUGCAGGUGCUUACCUGGAUUUGAGCCCAAGACUUCGUAUGACUCGCCUCAAGGUCUGGAAUGUGGGAGCACGACUCCUUACGGCGACCAUUUCUUGGACUUGAUGAUGAUGAAAGCUGGGAACCCCGAUGACGAGGUGGCAAAAAAUGCAAGUGAGUGCAUGGAGCAUUGCCGCACAACUCCUAAAUGCCGGGCCUUCUCGUAUGAAGAAAACGACAAUGAACGAACCCGGGAAAGCAAAUGCUGGGUUUGGUCUGGGGACAUUGAAAACAUUCAAGAGUUCACAGCUGAUGGCAGAAACCUCUCCAUUCGGGUCUCGCCAGAAAAUGUGAGGGGAGGCUGCGGAAAUUGCGGCACUACCAUAAUUCCUUAUCCUCUAAGCAAAGGCCAGAAAUGCGGUGAUCCCAGUUACUCCGGAUUUAGUUGCAACGUAUCGACUGGUCAGGUUUACUUCAACACAUCUAACGGCCCAUUCCGAGUGACAGGAAUCAAUGCAUCAGCACUUAGUUUCACCAUUGCGGUGAACAGCGCAGAUUAUUGUACACGCGGUUCGUCAAAUAUUACUCUGCAACCUGGCCAGUCCUCGCAAUUUAGAAUUGGUAGGUGCAGAUCCAUCCAGGACCCUUUGUUGCUAAGUACGCAAUUAACUGAAGUACUGAUCACGUAUAGCCCCCCAAGGGAGCCAUUGUGCAAUUCAAACAAAGACUGCCUAGAUUUUCCAUCAUCCAGUUGCGAUGCUGGGUAUGAAGGAGCUAAUAGGUGCCGAUGCAUCUCACGGUUUAAGUGGAAUACUACGUCGCUGAACUGCACUUCAGCUAAUGGCGAUGACGCGGACAACAACAAGCUGCUCUACUUGAUUUUUACUGUCGUCGUUGCGAUCAUUUUAGUUGGUAUGUGUGCUUUCUACUAUACAAGGAGGAUGUCAGCUAAUGAACAGGAACAAGUGCAAAGGGAAAGCAUUUCAGGCAACAUAGCCCUCCGUUUGUAUGACAGUGAGAAACGGGUAAAAGAAUGGAUAAGUUCGAGCCAGUUUGGGGAGGAUGACAAGAAAAGGAUAGACGUGCCAUUCUUUGACUUGGAAAUUAUAUUGGAAGCUACCAAUAACUUCUCUGAUGAGAGCAAGCUUGGGCAAGGCGGGUUUGGACCUGUUUACAAGGGGAAGUUUCCCGGCGGGCAAGAAAUUGCAGUAAAGAGGCUAUCAAGCGGCUCUGGCCAAGGUUUAGAGGAAUUCAAGAGUGAGGUCAUGCUGAUUGCCAAACUUCAGCAUCGGAAUCUCGUCAGACUGUUGGGAUAUUGCAUUGAAGGAGAUGAGAAGAUAUUGCUGUAUGAGUACAUGCCGAACAAAAGCUUAGACUCAUUCAUAUUCGAUCGUACAAGAUGUGUCUUGCUGACCUGGCAGAUGAGGCUAGAGAUUAUCCUCGGGAUCACAAGAGGGAUGCUCUAUCUUCACCAAGACUCAAGGCUAAGAAUAAUUCAUCGAGAUCUGAAAACGAGCAAUGUCCUGUUAGAUGAGGAGAUGAACCCUAAGAUCUCUGACUUUGGCCUGGCACGUAUUUUUGAGGGAAAACAAACUGAAGCAACCACGCAAAGAGUUAUCGGGACAUAUGGUUACAUGUCUCCAGAGUAUGCCUUAGAUGGGUUCUUCUCGAUCAAGUCUGAUGUUUUCAGCUUCGGUGUUGUCGUACUAGAGAUUAUUAGCGGGAAACGGAACACGGGAUUUUAUCAGGCAGAAGGGCAAAUAAACCUUCUCAGUCAUGCAUGGAGACUAUGGACCGAGAACAAUGCACUGAACUUGAUGGACCAUGUAUUAGAAGAAACCUGCAAUGGAGAUGAAGUUGUCAAGUGCAUAAACGUGGCGCUUCUGUGUUUACAAGAAGAUCCCAAUGAUCGACCCACGAUGUCAAAUGUUCUUUUCAUGCUUGGAGGAGAAAUCACGACGCUUCCAACCCCGAAACAACCGGCUUUUGCUCUUAAGCCAAGCUUAUCUAGCACGGGUUCUUCUUCUACAAGGCCCGACUCGAGCUUCAUCAUUUCAUCUUCAAUGGAGCAGGGCCGCAUUCCCUAUAAGCUUGAAGCAAUCUCACCGGAUAGAUUAUCUCACAGAAUGAACAAAUACAGAGCAACUGAUCAUUGCAUGUUGCGCGACAUGCUUUUUCUCUACAUAUUCCUGCAGUUCCUCUUAUUAUCGGUUAGAUUUUCUCAGGGCAUAGACACGAUGACACUAGGAACAGCGAUAUCCGAUGGCCAGGAGGAAACUCUCGUGUCUGCAGGAAGAGUGUUCGAACUUGGUUUUUUCUCUCCAGGCACUUCGGGUUCUGGAAGAUACGUCGGUAUAUGGUAUUACGACGUCAAUCCACGUACAGUUGUAUGGGUCGCGAACAGAGAAAACCCACUUUCUGAUACGAGUGGAGUUUUCAGACUUGGAGUCAAUGGAAACCUCGGUCUGUCAUCCGAGGCUGGUGGAUCUCUUUGGUCUACUGCGCUUAAAGCUAAUGGAAGUUCCCACAGGUCAGCCAAGCUCAUGGAUUCGGGGAACUUGGUUCUGAGUGAAACAUUCGAGAACGGAAGAGUCGAAGUUCUAUGGCAAAGCUUCAGUUUCCCCACCGAUACGUUGCUUCCUGGAAUGGUAAUGGGAAAAGAGUUCAAGUUGACUUCAUGGAAAGCACCUGAUGACCCGUCUCUAGGAGAUAUCACUUUCCGGCAAGAUCAGGAUAUAGACAACCAAUUUAUCAUACAGACGAUGAAGCCCUCACCGUACUGGGAGAGUGGAGUUUCAUGGAAGCUCGUUCCCGAUAGUGUUCCUUCUCCAAUAUCCUCCCUCUUGACAAGCUUUAGCUCCAAUAUUGACCAAAAGAGAAACUUAUCAAAUGCCAGGCUUACGGUCAGUUUUGAUGGGAAGCUACAGUACUUCAUCAGGAACAGUGGAACAAAGCAUUGGAACUUGUCCUGGUUUGAGCCAAGAGACCGAUGCCACGAGUUCAAUUUUUGUGGAAAUUCUAGUAUCUGCAACAGUGGUAGGAUUCCCAUGUGCGGGUGUUUACCAGGGUUCAGGCCUCAAGAUGGUGAUACUUCCCAGGGCUGCAAGCAAAUUUCACCCUUAUGCGGCAAAGACACGAACUCAACUGCUUUUCAGAGCUUAAAGUUGCUCAAAGUUGGAACACCAAAUUUCGAAAAUGAGACCACCCAUCCAACAGAAUGCAAGGACAAAUGUCUCUCCAGCUGCGAAUGUCGUGCCUACUCGUACACUUACAACGAAUCUUCAGCGACAAGAAAAUGCUGGCUCUGGUUGCAGGAUCUCGACAAUAUACAGGAGGACACGGAGAAUGGCCGUGACGUCUAUGUUCGAGUAGAACAUUUAGCUUCAACUACAGGUUCCUUGCAUAAGGGGAGACCCCGCUAUAUAAUUUAUCUGGUAGCUACUCCUGUCUUGGUUAUUGCUGUUGGUGCUCUUCUGUUCAUGUGGAGGAAGUCAGUGAGGAAACGAGCAACAACAGGAGACAUUCCAAAGGAUCUGGCAUUUCAUUUGUACGCCAGCGAGCGGCGUAUCCAAGAGUGGAUGAAUUCAGGCGAGCACACGAAAGACAAUAAGGAAAGCAUGAAUAUUCCAUUUCUCGACAUGCAGGUUAUAUUAGAAGCAACAAACUACUUCUCCGAUGAAAACAAGCUCGGGCAGGGAGGGUUUGGCCCCGUUUACAAGGCAAUGAUUCACUUCGGUCAGUUUCCAGGAGGGCAAGAAAUUGCAGUGAAGAGGCUGUCAAGUGAUUCGGGGCAGGGCUUGGAGCAAUUCAAGAAUGAGGUUAUGCUGAUUGCCCAACUUCAGCACCGUAAUCUCGUGAAACUACUCGGGUUUUGCACCAAAGAAGAGGAGAAAUUGUUACUCUAUGAGUAUAUGCCGAACAAAAGUUUGGACUCGUUCAUAUUCGAUCGAACAAGAUGUAUGCUGCUUGACUGGGAAAUGCGCAUGGAGAUUAUCUUGGGUAUCGCACGAGGGAUGCUUUAUCUUCACCAGGACUCAAGGCUCAGAGUUAUUCAUCGAGAUCUGAAAGCGAGCAAUGUCCUGUUAGAUGAGGAGAUGAACCCAAAGAUAUCAGACUUUGGUUUAGCACGCAUAUUCGAGGGCAACCAAACUGAAGCGAGCACAAAUAGAGUGAUUGGGACAUUCGGAUACAUGUCACCGGAGUAUGCAUUAGAUGGAUUUUUCUCCGUCAAAUCAGAUGUAUUCAGCUUUGGAGUUCUUGUCCUAGAGAUUAUGAGUGGAAAGCGGAACACUGGAUUUUAUAAGUCGAAAGUUGCAUUAAACCUUCUCAGUUAUGCAUGGAGAUUGUGGAAUGAAGAUAAUGCAAUCGACUUGAUAGAUCAUACGCUUCACGAGACUUGCAAUAGAGAUGAGGCUCUGAAGUGCAUAAAGUUGGCACUUUUAUGUGUACAGAGUGAUCCGAGUGAGCGCCCCACGAUGUCAAGUAUCGUCUUCACUCUAAGCAACGAUAAUGUAACUCUCCCAACUCCGAGACAACCAGCCUUUGUCGUUCAAGGAGUCUUUUCUUCUGAAGCUUCUUCUUCAAGAAGACCAGAAUCAUACUUUGAGAUAACCAACAGUUUAGAGCAAGGACGGUAACAUAAAACUUGGUGUAAUUUUUGCUCUUCACUUAUUAGAGCACUGUAUUCUGUCCAGCUUUCUUUUUACGUCGGUGAAAUAGAUUCAUGCUUUAAAGCC